UAGUUAAAGUAUAAAAUGGAGUUGAAAAUUCUUAAUAGGGUGAACAAGUUGGGGGAAAUGGAAAAUUACGGGGGGAAAAGAAAUUACAUUGGCGCCUUGGAAAUUGGUAAAAAAAAAAAUCAAAUUGGAGAGAUUUGGCCUCCGCGAACUAUGAUGACGAAGGGAGGAGGAGGAAACCGGAAAACACCGUCUACUUCAAUUAUGGGAAACUCAGAGGAUGUCUGGUCUCAGCCAAACUGGCCACCGCGCCUAGAGAAAGUAUUUGUGGAAUUGCUGCUGGAAGAAAUGAAAAUGCAUGAUGACGUAUGUGCUACUGGAUUUUCUGAGCAAGUUUGGGACCAUGUGUGCCAAGAGUUCAGAAAUGAAACUGGUUCGGAGUUUGACAAGAAAGAGCUGAAGAAACACCUAGCCGUGUUGAAGAAAAGAUAUCGUAUUGUGAAACCAUUGUACACUCACCCUGGCUUUGGCUGGGACUAUCGGAGAAAAAUGGUGGAUGUGGAUUAUGAACUAUGGAAGGAUUACAUCGAGGUGCAUCCUGAAGCUGCACCUUACAGAAAGUACGGAUGUCCACUUUAUGAUGAUCUAUGCACAAUAUUUACAAAGCCCAUAGCUACUGGAAAGUAUGCUUUCUCACCUGGGAUGAUUACUCCAGUCACUAGCUCUAUUUCACGAGCCAGCAACAACAAACGUAAAUCCUCUCAACCACUGGGUUCAGUUUCUGGGAAGAGAAUAGCAGCUCAGAAUACAGAGGUAGGCAGCAAAACCAAACAAGUUGCAACUUCUAGGCCAAAUGAGAAAUGCAUCAUUUAUUUGGACUAGUAAUGCUUGCUGCUUUCUCCUUAUUAGUGGAUUUGCUUAUAUUGUUUUGUAGUAACACGGUUAUUGACCUUUUCAUUAUUAGGAAGAUGCACCUUAAUUAGUGUAUGUUUUUCAGUGGUUGCAGAAGGAUUAGACUUAACAGACAAGGUUUGAUAUUUGUAAUUAUGCAUACGUUGUUUACUUGAGAUCCCAGUUUUCUUUGCCUGCAUUA